AUGGUUCCUUCGAGUGACGUGGCCGCUAUGAACCCAAAGGACAUUGCAGCCCAAGGAUUGUCCAUUUAUAUUUUUCCGGACACGGCUGACGCAAGGGUCAUGAACCCAGAAUGCUUACUGCCCCAAAACGACCGUACCGGCAGUAAGGAUGGACACAAAUUCGCCUUAAGUGAACGACAGCCACUGACCGACAAGAACAAAACUGACCCGGGAAACUUGGGCAAAAGCCUCGAUCCUGUGUAUCAAUCCGUGAAUCCGUGA